AUCUCGCGCGUGCGUCCUAGUAUCCCUGCUCCGUCUCCGUGGCAACCCGCCGCCUCCAGGAAUCUUAAAUAUCGCGAGAUUCCCCCCCCCCCCCCCCCCGGUCCACGUCCCCAGCUUCCGGAAGUUGGUUUUGUCCAAACAUCCGGGCUUCUCCUUUUUGUGUUCCGGCCGAUCCCACCUCUCCUCGAACCUGGACGUCUACCUCCCGGAGGCCCACAUCUUGCCCACUCCGCGCGCGGGGCUAGCGCGGGCUUCAGCGACGGGAGCCCUCAAGGGACAUGGCAACUACAGCGGCGCCGGCGGGCGGCGCCCGAAAUGGAGCUGGCCCGGAAUGGGGAGGGUUCGAAGAAAACAUCCAGGGCGGAGGCUCAGCUGUGAUUGACAUGGAGAACAUGGAUGAUACCUCAGGCUCUAGCUUCGAGGAUAUGGGUGAGCUGCAUCAGCGCCUGCGCGAGGAAGAAGUAGACGCUGAUGCAGCUGAUGCAGCUGCUGCUGAAGAGGAGGAUGGAGAGUUCCUGGGCAUGAAGGGCUUUAAGGGACAGCUGAGCCGGCAGGUGGCUGAUCAGAUGUGGCAGGCUGGGAAAAGACAAGCCUCCAGGGCCUUCAGCUUGUACGCCAACAUCGACAUCCUCAGACCCUACUUUGAUGUGGAGCCUGCUCAGGUGCGAAGCAGGCUCCUGGAGUCCAUGAUCCCUAUCAAGAUGGUCAAUUUCCCCCAGAAAAUUGCAGGUGAACUCUAUGGACCUCUCAUGCUGGUCUUCACUCUGGUUGCUAUCCUACUCCAUGGGAUGAAGACGUCUGACACUAUUAUCCGGGAGGGCACCCUGAUGGGCACAGCCAUUGGCACCUGCUUCGGCUACUGGCUGGGAGUCUCAUCCUUCAUUUACUUCCUUGCCUACCUGUGCAACGCCCAGAUCACCAUGCUGCAGAUGUUGGCACUGCUGGGCUAUGGCCUCUUUGGGCACUGCAUUGUCCUGUUCAUCACCUAUAAUAUCCACCUCCACGCCCUCUUCUACCUCUUCUGGCUGUUGGUGGGUGGACUGUCCACACUGCGCAUGGUAGCAGUGUUGGUGUCUCGGACCGUGGGCCCCACACAGCGGCUGCUCCUCUGUGGCACCCUGGCUGCCCUACACAUGCUCUUCCUGCUCUAUCUGCAUUUUGCCUACCACAAAGUGGUAGAGGGGAUCCUGGACACACUGGAGGGCCCCAACAUCCCGCCCAUCCAGAGGGUCCCCAGAGACAUCCCUGCCAUGCUCCCUGCUGCUCGGCUUCCCACCACCGUCCUCAACGCCACAGCCAAAGCUGUUGCGGUGACCCUGCAGUCACACUGACCCCACCUGAAAUUCUUGGCCAGUCCUCUUUCCCGCAGCUGCAGAGAGGAGGAAGACUAUUAAAGGACAGUCCUGAUGACAUGUUUCGUAGAUGGGGUUUGCAGCUGCCACUGAGCUGUAGCUGCGUAAGUACUUCCUUGAUGCCUGUCGGCACUUCUGAAAGGCACAAGGCCAAGAACUCCUGGCCAGGACUGCAAGGCUCUGCAGCCAAUGCAGAAAAUGGGUCAGCUCCUUUGAGAACCCCUCACCACCUACCCCUUCCUUCCUCUUUAUCUCUCCCACAUUGUCUUGCUAAAUAUAGACUUGGUAAUUAAAAUGUUGAUUGAAGUCUGGAACUGCA